AUGCCACUCACAGCACACGGCUUCGCCGCCAACGAAAUCCACUCCAAGAUCCAACUCCUCAUAAACGCCCUCGUCAACAUCAAAGAUGAAACCGGCGAAUUCCUAAUGACCCUCCCCGACGGCCGCGUCAUCGACACAAAAGGCUGGGACGACUGGGAAUGGACACACGGCGUCGGUCUCUACGGAAUAUGGAAAUACUACCAGACAACAGGCCACGCAAAAUACCUCCAAAUAAUAGAGGACUGGUUCCAGAACCGCUUCUCCGCCGGCGGCACCACGAAAAACAUCAACACCAUGGCCGCGUUCCUCACCCUCGCAUACGUGUACGAACAGACGCGCAAUCCAACCUACCUCCCCUGGCUGGACAACUGGGCCGAAUGGGCGUACCGGGACCUCGAGCGCACAAAGUACGGGGGCAUGCAGCACAUUACGUACCUGGAAGAAAACGACCAGCAGCUGUGGGACGAUACGCUGAUGAUGACGGUGCUGCCGCUCGCGAAGAUUGGGCUGGUGCUGAAUCGGCCGCAGUAUGUGGCGGAAGCGAAGAAGCAGUUCUUACUGCACAUUCAGUAUUUAUUUGAUGCGAAGACGGGGCUGUUCUUUCAUGGGUGGACGUUUCGUGAAGGAGGGCAUAAUUUCGCGAGGGCCCGCUGGGCAAGGGGGAAUAGUUGGCUGACGAUUGUGAUUCCCGAGUUUAUCGAGAUGUUGGGGCUGGAGACAUUGGAUGAGCCGCUGUGCAACCACUUGCAAGCUACGUUGGCUGCGCAGUGUGAGGCGCUGAAGACGCUUCAGUCGAAGAAUGGGCUUUGGCGUACGCUGCUGGACGUUGCGGAGGAGGAUGGCUCGUAUGUCGAGUCGAGUGCCACUGCUGGUUUUGCAUUCGGCUUGUUGAAGGGUCAGAGGAAACGGUAUCUGCCUCGGGAAUAUCAGGAUGUGGCCUUUAAUGCUGUAAGGGGUGUAUUGGGUAAUAUUAGUGCGGACGGUCAGUUGCUACAGACGUCGUUUGGGACGGGCAUGGGGUCGGAUUUGGAGUUUUAUAAGAAGAUUCCUAUCACACCUAUGCCGUAUGGCCAGGCUAUGGCGAUACUGGCUCUGGUUGAGUUGUUGAACGUAUUCGUAUAG